UUCUUUCAACAGCAGCAACAGACAGUCAGACACCUCGGUAGCUUGCUGGACACAAUAGCCGAACCAAUAAAGCUCUUUAGAUGCUUUCGUUUUUUUAUUAGCCACUGUGUUUUAAAACCACUUCUGUCGUCUAGUUAGUUAUCCGAUUUAAUUUAAUAUUUACGGUGUUGUUGUUAUUAGUCAGCUGGCGGACUGGUUAAGUUAGCAUUAGCCUAGCUAGCUAACAUUCCGACCAUGCGGUCACUAAGCUACUCUUCUCCUGCUAAAGAUAAUAUCUGCUGGAUGGAGAAAGAAGCUCUGAUCUUUCUGGUGAAAGAGGAGAAGGGAGAGGAGGAUGUCACAGUAAAACAAGAAGUAGAGGGUGAGGCUGUUACAGUGAAGGAGAAAUACGUUUCAGUAAAAGAAGAGGAAGAGAAAGGGGAGGAUGCCGUAUUUGGAGUGAAAGAGGAGGAAGGGGAGAUGACUGUCACAUCGAAAAAGGAGGACGAGGAGGAAACUGGGUGUCUGAGGCCGGUUUCCCAAACGCAUCUUAAGGCAUCCAACGAUGAAAUUAGCCAUAAGAUGGUUUUGAGAAACAGCGUCCUGAUUAAUACUAGAGAGAUACGGGACUAUCGUGGAUCCUUUGGGGAGCCUCAACAACCUCAUGAUGCUGACGAGGCAGAGAAGAGUCUCUCCAGAUCAGAACACCUCAAUAAACACCUGCAGAGAUCCACAGGGAAUAGAACUCACUGCUGCUCUGACUGUGGGAAGAGAUUCACCUCAUCAGGCAUUAAAAUUCAUCAGAGAACACACACAGGAGAGAAACCUUAUAGCUGUGAUCAAUGUGGGAAGAGUUUUAGUCAAUCUGGAGAUCUGACAAUACACCAGAGAACACACACAGGAGAGAAACCUUAUAGCUGUGUUCAAUGUGGGAAGAGUUUUGGUAGAUCUAGCUAUCUGACAGUACACCAGAGAAUACACACAGGAGAGAAAUCUUAUAGCUGUGAUCAAUGUGGGAAGAGUUUUAGUCAAUCUGGAGAUCUGACAGUACACCAGAUAAUACACACAGGAGAGAAAUCUUAUAGCUGUGUUCAAUGUGGGAAGAGUUUUGGUAGAUCUAGCUAUCUGACAGUACACCAGAGAAUACACACAGGAGAGAAAUCUUAUAGCUGUGGUCAAUGUGGGAAGAGUUUUACUACAUCUAGCAGUCUGACUACACACCAGAGAACACACACAGGAGAGAAACCUUAUAGCUGUAAUCAAUGUGUGAAGAGUUUUGUUACAUCUGGGCAGCUGAAUGUACACCAGAGAAAACACACAUAAUAGAAAUCUUAUAGCUGUGAUCAAUAUGGGAAGAGUUUUACUCAGUCAAACAACACCAGAGAAUACACACAGGAGAGAAACCUCUUAGCUGUGACCAGAGGUAAUCUGAUAAAAGAUCUCUGACUAAACAUCAGAAAAUACAUGAAGCAGUUGUUUCAUGAUAUCAAUGAAUUAAUGUCACAAUGUAGAAUGUUUUAACAUUGUAGUAGGAGUAUUUUAAUGAUGUCACAAUGUAGAAUGUUUUAACAUUGUAGUAGGAGUAUUUUAAUGAUGUCACAAUGUAGAACCCUAAACGUUUGUCCCCUGUUCUAUUGAUUUCAACAUGAUAUGGAUAUUAGCCUCAGGGGGAAAAUCCAGGCUCUGAAUUGGAAGAGUACUAUUUAUGUGAUUUAGUAAGGACACAUUAUUCCCAGAUUCUGUGUGGUUUUUGAGCUGUUAGUUUUAGCAGGACGUGCAACCUCAUCUCCCUCCUGUCACAUAAAUGAUUUUAGCAUGAUAUCGAUUAGUUAUGACAAAUUAGUGUUGCGUUCCUUUGUUUAGCGACCCCUACAUUUAAAUGCAUUCCAACAUCACGUACAACCGGAUUUCCCCCCUAAUUGAUAUCAGUGAUGUAUUGCUACUUGUCAAAACAACUUUUCUGGAAAUAUGAUUAUUGUGGCAGAUGUUUGUGUAAAUAGCACAUGUUAUGUUUAGGUUUUCAAUUUAUCCCAAACUGUUUCUGCAUAUUGGUUAUUGAUUUGGACACGUUAAAACUGUGUUUUGACAUUGAGGCUAUCCCACCUAGCACAGUGUAAUUGAAAAGUUGUUGAAAAUAAGACUAUGCAAUCAAAUAUUUUUUUUUACAUUUUUUAUUAUACCAUGCCUUACCAUUAAGUGAAUUUUUUGACAAUACAUAUUAUCAAUGGGGUGUACAUUUGGUUUUGGUAAUUCAUGUUUACAAUUCAUGUAACUUUUAGUAAUCAUAAUUAUUUAUGCAAUCAACUGACAAUUUUCGGGUAUAAAUAUAUUGACAUUGUUGCCCUUCUUUUAGAAUAGCAGGGUUCAUUCUCAGAUGUGCCAACCCAAAUGUACUAGAGCAUGACAUUGGGGACUGGGCCCCGAUCCAACAACAUGCCUAUCGAGUGAACCCUGAAAAGAGAGAGAAGCUCUGCAGUGAGGUGGAAAGUUACUACGGAUAUUGCAGGAGUUUCCUCUUGAAAUCAGACACGUCCGUGGUAAGGACAACUUGGUUGCUGAUUGUCUCAAGAAUGGGCAGUCAAAAAGAUUUGUGUUUUGCCAGUGAGUUGCCAUGGAUCACAAUUCAUUUUGACUGCACGAUUUUCCGUAUUGGAGAUGAGUUUUGUUUGGGCUCGUUCCAAGGGGACGAGAGUUCUAGAAGCUAGUGGGUUUUAGGAAGAAGGGAGUUCUAGAAGCUAAUGAGUUUUAGGAAGACGAGAGUCUAUAGAAAGAAAAAGGAGAAAAGAUACGAUAUUAUUAUACGAUUGUAUAUUAUUAAUUAGAAAUAUGUGUUUUUUCUUGUUUUUAAUUGUUGACUGCCAGUAGACACCAUGUUUAUAUUGGUGAAGCAUUUUAGUUGAUUAUAAUGUGAAAUGGAAAUUGUUUUCUGUUGGUGGUGAGCAAACUUGUCCAACAAAAAUAUAGGAUAUAUUUGUUGUCUUAAGGGGGAAGGUGUUACAGGCUUUGGUUUUUCCAUUUAUGUUUUGAGGUUGGACUCGCCCAUAUAGCUUGUUAGCAUGUAUAGCUCGUUAGCACGUCUAGCUCGUUGGCACGUAGGACGCACUGAUUGGUGUCACCUCGUUAGUAAGUAUGUGUUACACCUGUGCUGGCUUGUCCAUCUCGUUAGUGGGAAGGUAUUUCACCUGAGCUGGUCCAGGUUCUAUUUAAGAGUGUCUGGGCCAGUGCUCCAGUUGUCUUGAUAGAUGUGGAGAGUCAACACCUUUUAGUUGCUCCACCUUUUUGGUUUGUGUCCUAGCUUUAAGUUUGGUGUGGGUUUUUCUUUUGUUUGCCUCUUCUUGGGCAGAUUUAAUGGGUCUCAUGGUGGGUGUCUUUUAUGUCCCAGUUGUUGUUACUAGUAAACUUCCAGUGGACACCCCCAUAGUGUCUUUCAGAGCCCCUCCUAGAACCUGUUUAGUUGUGGUUGUUAUCAGUGAUUCUUUGUUAAUUCCAUCUUCUGUUUGAGGAAAAAUGUUGGUUUUCUUGCUGGAGAACGUAACAUCAAACAAUGGAGUAAGACAUGAUAUUUUGGGUUGGAUAUUGCAGUGAAUUGUUCAUAUUUUAAUCGAUGACAUUUACUUAGAAUGCUCAUUAGUUUUUCAGUUAUUCUGUUUUUUAUCCUCAAUAUUUCUGUUUAUUUUCAUUGUUUUUUCCUGUGAAGCCAUUGUGUUGCAUCCAUGUCUGAAAUGUGCUGUAUAAAUAAAGCUUGAUUUGAACAUA